CUCUCGCCCAGAUACCUUUCACAGUCGCAAUUUGUGAGCAAAAUGGGAGCUGUCAGCGUAGCUCAACAAUUCAAGCCAACGAACAUAUACAUUGUCGGCGCACAAUGUACAGGCAAAACGUCACUUGUCAAUGCAUUAGAAAGCUCCUUUGCCGAUUUAUUCAGCACCACGCCUCCCAUUGUUGUUAGAGAGGUCGCUCGCUCAGUGCUAAAGAUACAUGGAUUUACAGCCAGCGAUAUCACCUCAGAUCCUGCCCGUUGCUUGCAGUUACAGGCGCUCAUAUUGGAAGCUCAAUUCAACAGUGAGCGCGAUGCCUUGACUAGAAGUCCCUGGAUUAUAUCCGAUCGCUCGGGAAUAGAUCCCAUCAUAUAUGCAUCGCGCCAUAUUGGAAGUGAGGCCGUGAGCCUCAUGACCUCGUCUAAUUAUUGGCAAGAGUUGAGAGGUCGUAUGUCACAAUCAUUGGUGUUUGUCUGCGAAACGGUGGAAGAUUGGCUUGUAAGCGAUGGAGUCAGACUUAUGCCUCGAGAUGUAGAGGACUGGAUGGAAUAUGACAAUGAAUUCUGUCGUAUGCUGGAGAGUGCAGAAAUACCGUACCAGAUGAUCCCGCGUUCGGUCAAAAGUCUUGAAGAUAGGGCUUCGUUUGUGUGGUCAAGGUGGAAGGAGGCCACAUCGGCUUGAGCUUACAGUGCGCCGAAGUGAUGUGAGCUUUAGAUGUUGCUACAUAGAUGUUUGAGAGUUACCAAACGUAAUAAAAAUCCUACGAGGCUCCCACACAUCCCCCAUUGUCAAGCAUGCCCCUUUGACCGAUGCGCAAGUAGAGGACGC